CCUAGUUUUUGCUGGGAGAGUAUUUUGCGAAUAAUUUUUUUUUCGAAAAAGAUAGAGACCUGCGGUUUUCACCAUUGGAAUCAGCGCCCCAAACUACAUCUGGCUAGGUGUGUCGCAUCGCUUGCGUAACGGGUCGAUGUAAUGAUGGUAGAAGCCAUGUGGAUUCACCCUUGUGUAUGAUACUUUAUCAAAGAUCAUUGACUUCAUCAAACUAAAUAUCGAUGAGAAAAACCAUGCAAUCGUGUCUCAAUAUAAACAGUAAUUCUAAAUUGGUCUUGUAUUUGACCAAAUAAAGUUGUCGAACCCAACAUUUAUUUCUUGAGAUUCUGCUAAAAGAUACAAAUAUCCUGUGUUGCUUCUAGAAUCAUCUAUUUAAUGACAAAAAAUUAUUUCACCCAAUAAACUCUAUCGUAGCUUUUACUCUCUGCUUACAACACAAAAACAUAUUUGCUCGGAAGUCAUGUAAAACUAUCAGUAGCAACCUACGUAAACUUCGCGUUUAUCAAAUCUAUCCAGCAAAACCAUUGAACAUAAUUUCAACCAAUCUAUCACAUUUAAAUUGAUAGAUGUUCCAAGAAAGUUGUUAAGAUAACCAUAGAGAUCUAAUAGUGUUUGAAAUUAAUCAACUAAAAUAUUAAAAAAGUUUUAAAUAAAUAAAUCACUAGUUAAAAGACAUAAAGAUAAAAAAUCAUCAACACUUUUCUCAAAUAGUUCAUAUCUUCAAUGAUUCUAGUUUCAGUUUGCUAUCGACCAUUUCGUUCAUCUCAAAUCCCUCAUCAUUUUCUCCUUCAUCAAUAGAUUCAUAUGAAACAUCUUCUAUGACUAACCAUUCUUUAAUACCAAUGCCACUACUUUCACAAAACGAAGAAAAAAAAGAUAUGAUAUUUAUAUCUUCUUUAACUGAUAUUGUACAUCCAUUAAACAUUAUCAUGAUCAUAGACAGACAAAAAACAUCUGUUAGUACAAAUCACUUAUUUUAUCUAUUAUAAAAAAAUUGUUUUCUUCAAUGAUUCUUCUUAUUUUGAUGACUUUUAAUUUUCUUGUCAUUUAUUUCUUUAAUGAAAUGAAUGUUUUCUGGAGUUAACAUGCUACAUAUACAACGAUUGUUGAACAUCAUAAUGAAAGAAUAUCAAAUUUUUGACAGAAAUUGAAUAUAGAAAUUAAGAAAAAGAAUAAAGACAUUAUUUUUGUCCGUCUUCAUUCAAUUAAAUUUUUAUUAUUUUUAUUGAUUUAUUUUUCAAUUAUCAAGAAGAACUUUAUGUUGUUUCUUUUAUGGUGUAUAUACUUCUGUUUGUUUUACAGAUCAUCAAUGAACUCUAUUAUCUCAACAUUUUUUUUAAAUAUUAAUAAAAUAAACUUAUUAUUUUAUAUUUCUAUUCACACAGAAGAAUAAUGAAUGAUUUGCUUAUUCUAAAAAAUACAAAACAAAAAAGAAAUGAUGCUGAACAUACUAUUCUAUAUGUGUUAACUUUCGUCUCGUCUGUAUAUAAGCAGAGAAUAUAACUUUUUUUUUUGUUCAAAUUCUUGAAUAGAAAUUAAUUCUUAAAAGUCAAAAAAGGUUUUUUUUUGGCGAUGAAAGUACAAUAUCUGUUGUAUGGUUCGAGUUACUUAAGAGUGAUUUGUUUUUUAACCUAUGAUCAAUCAGAAUAUCUUAGUCUGGAAAAAUAUCAAUUUUUUACAGCCGUUAUCACAAUGUCCCUUGGAAAAAACAUUCGAUUUUUAACGGUUAAAGAAAUAUAAUUAUAAAAAAUCAUAAAACAAACUAACAGUUGAAUUUUAACAACAGAAACGAUUUGUUAUAUUUAAGGCAUACCCACAAGUGAAUCAUCCAGCAUGGAAAAGGAGCAGGAGAAAAGAAAAAAAAAUGAAAAAUAAGGAUAGUAAUAACAAAGUAGGAAAACACAUGUAGAAUUAAUGAACAUGAAUCGAGUUAAACGUCAACUAAAUUUUUGUCAAUCUUGCAAAAUAAAAUCACAGCGUAAGUUGUAAUAAAUUUAUCUAGUCAAUUAACUCUUUCUUAUUUCUAGGAUUAUUCGAAAAGAAAAGGUAAAGAACAAAGAAAAACAAAUUUUUUAAUUUAAUUAAACCUUUUUUUUUAUUUCUAUAAGGAUUAGUUGUAUUGAAAAUUUCUCCAAUGAAAUCUUUUAUGAAAUAUUUGAUUAUCUUGAUGGUUAUGAUAUCUAUAAAUCAUUUUCUAAUCUUAAUAUUCGUUUAGAAAAUCUUUUAAUUAAUUCAUCAUUAUCUAUGAAAAUCGAAAUUUCUUCUAUCACAAUACUCGAUUUUCAUUAUAAACAAUUUCUUAAAUCAAACAAACAUCAUAUUAUUUCAUUUGAUUUUGAUUCUCAAUUAAUUCUUGAUAAAUUCAUGAAUUUCUUUAUUAUUGAUUCAUUAUUUUCUCGUCUUGAAUCACUUGUUUUUUAUUCAAUCUCAACAUAUAAAUUACUCUUAGUUCUUUUUUAUUUGAAAUCUUUACCUUAUCUUUCUUCAUUAAGUAUUUGUAUUAAUAAUUGUUCUCAUGAUCUUGGUGAUAUCUAUCAAAUAAUAUUUUAUUUAUCUUUGAAAUAUUUUCGAGUAGCAGUUCCACGACAUCCACAAUUAUGUAUUACCAUUCCAAUUACUGCUCAGAACCAAUUUUCUUCUAUCGAAUAUUUACUUAUUUAUCAUAGAUGUACUUUUAAUCAACUUAUUAAUAUAAUUUCAUAUACACCUCGACUUUCUCAUUUACAUUGUUUCAACAUCAUCGAAUCAAAUUAUGAUAUGAAAUCAGAAUUGAUGAUCAAAUUAAAUAAUUUAACACAUUUAACUAUGACUUUAUAUAAUUUAGAAUUCGAUGAAUUUGAAGAAUUUCUAUUGAAAUUAUGUUCUCAAUUGCAAUUAUUAAAUGUUAAGAUCGAAAGUAUAGAUGAAAAUUACUUAAAUGCUGAUCGAUGGGAGCGAUUUAUUUCAAAAAAUAUGACUUCAUUAAUCAAAUUUAUCUUUCGUUAUAGUGAUACUAUUGAUGAUGAAUUUGAAAUAAAUUUUUAUCAUUCAUUAAUCAACCGUUUUACUUCAUCAUUUUGGAUUGAUCGUAAAUGGAUUUUUAAACUUUUAACUAAAGACGAUGAACUCAUUUAUUCAAUAUCUCCAUAUCAAGAAACUUGGAUCGAUUUUCAAGAAUAUUUAAAUGUUAAUCAAAAUUUGAAAAAUAAUAUUAAUGAUUCCUCAAAUCCUUAUUUUUCACUAGUUGAGAUUAGUGUUGUUGGUACUUUUCUUACUGAAAAUGAUGAAUCAUUAAUUAAUAAAAUUAAUCCUAUAUUAAUUAUGACACAAAUUACUUAUUUGAAUAUUGAAUGUAAUCAAAUGACUGUUAUCAUGUUGAUUAAAAUUUUACAUACAUUAACAAAUUUGAAUUCAAUCAGAUUAUCAAAUUCACCAUUAUGUAAAAAAAUGGAUUUAAAUAUUCGAGAUAUAAUUAUCUUUAAUGCAUUUUUAAAAUUCAACAAAAUUAGUAAAAUAACUCUUCAAAAUGUAACUAAACAAGAUCAAAUUGAAUGUAUUUUUAAAUACUUUCCUCGUAUAAAAUUUUUUGGAUUAGAACGUGUUCGAGAUACUAAUCUUAAAUCAAUAAUACGAUAUAUCUUAUGGAAUAUUGAAGAUAACUAUAUUUCUCAUUCUAUGACAAUAUGUGUUUUUUGUGAUGAUGCAAAAUUUAAUAAGGUUGAAAAAUUAUAUCGAAUGAUUGAUUCAAAAAAUUUACUCAAGAAUUAUACAAUACAUCGUCAAUAUGAUAGAUUUUAUAUACAAUGGAAAUGA